GCCUUUCAAAUUGGGACUUGCCAAACCCAUGUCUCUCCAAGAGGCAUCAGAGGCUAGAAAGGCACGUCUUAUCGCUCUCAGAAAGCGAAAAGCAGGUGAGGCUGUCGACGAAAAUGGGGAGUCGCUUUCUGUAAUUCGCAAUCGCAACUUCGAUCCCGAAUCUCGUACACUGCGAAAACAUACUCGCAAUGACCCACUUCUGGAGGAUACUGUGGAAAAGAAUGUCGAGGGCAUGGCUCAGAUGAUAAUUGCCGAGGACGAACAGCGCAGAGAACAGGAGCUGGAUGUUUUCAAUAUUGCUCCCAAACGACCAAAUUGGGAUUUGAAACGAGAGAUGGAUAAGAAACUAGCCAAACUCGAAAGAAAGACGCAAGAAGCCGUACAUACUCUCAUUCGACAACGUCUUGCUGCUCAAAAGGGUCAAUCCGAUGACAUUUUGGGCGCCAUGAAUGCGCAACAGCAGGUGCAGGACCAGGAAAGUCGACUCGAGGACGAAGAAGACUGAAAUCAAAAGCUAGUGUUACUAGCGGCAUCGCCUGUAUAUCACCUCUGUAUUCUAGACAUAACUACAUAUCUAAUGCUUUCGUUUGCGAACUCUGCUGGUUCUGGGAUUGUAUCUGUGUGAUUUACUCUAAUCAUGAUUCUGUCAUAUCAGAGAACUCCCACCUACAGCGUAGAUACUUUCGAGUACCUGACGAGUAUCUGAAACACUCAGUCCUAUUUACCAUCAAAACGUGGAGCU